GACGAUACUGGCUCUCCUGUUCCGCCCAGCACAAUACCCUGAUACCAAUGUGCAUCGACAGACAUGUCGAUUCUCUCGGGCGUUAACCCCAUCAAGGUCGAUUUGUUCCGAGCCGACAACGGCCUGCCCCUGUGGACCACCAACCUCGACAAGACACUGCCCGCCCUGACCCAACAGACCUACAACACCAAGCAGCCCAACACCGAUCUGAUCUUUGUUGAGGACGAAGAACAACAGCGACUCAGUGUGGCCGCGCUCAUUGAUGGCUCACACGUCGCCUAUGUUGAAAACGGCAAGGUGCUCUGGAGCUGGAACAAUGAUCUGGGCGCUCUGGUACUGCAUCGUUUGACGACCUCGGGCAACAAGCUGGUCGCUGUCGGCACCACUGGCAGCGAGCUUGCCGUCCUGGGAUUCCACCUCGUCGACGGCGACCGCUUCACGACCGGAUUCCUCAAGCUGGGCUCCGCGGCCGUCCCGGGACAGAUUAUUGUCGUCGGAGAGAAGAUGGAGCGCUACGUGGUUAUCCUGACCGAGAACAACCGGGUUCAGAUUCUGGAUCUCAGAACCGAAACCCUUACCGAUCUGGCGACUAAGCAGUCAGACUUUAAUCCAACGCGCCGCCUGAUCAGCGGGCUGGUACAGCUUGGCACCGAGUCGACGCUGAUGCAGGACUUUAUCGUGCAAUUUGUCGAUCAUUCGGAAGUCGUUGUCCGUCUCAGCUCCCAGGAGGGCUUCACAGUACUGACAACUCCUCAGACCAAGAGUGCCAGCGUGAUCCUGACACAGGGGUAUCUCGAGGACUUUUAUGCCUAUGCCAGAGUUGAGGAGAUUUCGCCCACCGAGACUGCGCUCUCCUUCAUUGAUCUUGACACCGGUGCCCUUCUCGAGGCGCACCAGUUUGAGCACAAUACCAAGGAACACGGCUCGAUCAUCAGCGGAUAUAUCGACAUUCAAAUCGACAGCAAUGGGUUUGUGGUAUGGCAGUUGGCGGCCGCCACUAGCAAGGGAACCCUGGUCUCGUGGAAGGGCACGAAUGUCGAGGCAGUUGCGCAGGACGAGGUGAACCCCAGCUUCGCCGCCCUCCAAGAUGGCCACGACGAGGCCGACAACAUCGACGACGACGACGACGAAGAGGAGCCGUACUAUGUCCACUACAGCAUCAAGCAAAAGAUGCCCAAGACCAAGGCACCCGAGCACAAGGAGCUCUGAGGUGAUCGGCGCACGCUCAAUGUUCUACCGCACUUCCGAGAGCGAGUUGGCUUGACCAGCCCGCAUUUGAUGGGCUAGCUAUGACUG